GUGCAGCUGCAGACAGUGAAGACAGACAUGGCGUCCUUCGUGCCGGAGCAGGGCCUGUCCCCCCCUCUGUGGGGACGCUGUCUCCCCCAGCAGGAGCUUCCGUCUCUGGGCCUCGACUCGUCCGACUUCAGCCUCUACAGCCCUCCGCCUCCCACUGAGUCGCCAUGGCUGCCGCCGACCAGCGACCAGAACGGCUCCGUCCUCUGCAGCCCAGAGCCGGGGCCCCUCCCUGGGGCCACAGGGGGCCCUGCAGGACUCCCUCCAGCAUUCAGAGGCUUCCUCCACCAUCUCUACGGCCUCCACAGGCUCCCUGGUGGCUCCUGGUUCUCCCUGUCCUCCCCGGACGACGUCCUGAGUCUGGUCCGACCGCCGUACUCCUACUCCGCCCUCAUCGCCAUGGCGAUCCAGAGCGCCCCCGAUCAGCGGCUGACGCUCAGCCAGAUCUACCAGUACGUCUCCAACAACUUCCCCUUUUACAGCCGCAACAAGGCCGGCUGGCAGAACUCCAUCCGCCACAACCUGUCGCUCAACGACUGUUUCCAGAAGGUUCCUCGUGACGAGACCGACCCAGGUAAAGGAAACUACUGGACUCUGGACCCAAACUGUGAGAAGAUGUUCGACAACGGGAACUUCCGGCGUAAGAGGAAGAGGAAGGCCGACGCCACCGAUGCUGAUAAGAAACCCUCCACCUCCUCGUCUUUGUCUCCGGAGCCUAGUCCCAAACUUCCCAGCAUGCACUGCAGCAGCGGCGGCGCUUCUCUCUCAGACGCCACCUCUGACCUCAGCAGCUUCCUGUGUCACCUCCUUCCUCCUCCUUCCUCCUCGUUCAUGCAGGUACCAGACCAGGCCUCCCCACCUCCACCUCCACCUCCUCAAGGACCCGUAUACUCGUAUUCGCCCGGCGCCGUGGUGCCACAGUGGGACGCCUGCAGCUCCUCUCCUCCCCUCUACUCCUUUCCGUCCUCCCAGUCGACUCCCCCACACUUCCCCUCCAUCGCCGACCCUCAGAGCGGCCCGUCGCCGCUGUACGCCGAGCUGCAGACGGCGUCUUGUCCUCCGCCGGAGCUCCAGGAGGCCCAGCAGCUGCAGCAGGCCCAGUGUGAGCCCCUCUUCUCUGGGGGCUUCAGCGACGCUCUGCCCCUCGACUCUCUGGUUCUCCAGCAGUAAAACAAACUCCUUUUGCUCAUGCUGAAACAUAAUGUUGACUUUUGAUGGAUUCAUCUGCAACGGACCAAGCUCACUUGUAAAACUGUGCAAAUGUUAUUUAUCUUUGUAAAGAUGAAGGGGGGGGGGAUUUUUACUUUUUUUU